AUGAAAUUAUCUACUACAGAUUGUUUCAUUGUAUUCUGUGUGAUCCAUCUAAUUGUUACAGAUCCUAUUAAUGCCGGUUCCAGUCAAGAAAAUAGAUUACCAUGGAACUUAUGUUGUUUUUGUCAAUGCUACUUUUGCUUUCAACAGAUCUCAGAUGUAAAAUUAGUGGUGAAAAGUUCAGAUGUUGCGAUGGUGGUAAGUAAUCACUGUCUUGGUUACACUGGGGAAACUUUCAUAAAGACAUUCUAUCAUACACAUCAUGGAACCUAUAACGAUGCCCAGAUUAGAACGAUUGCUAACCUAAUCAAUUCGACCUGUAACAAAUUUAAAAAAUAUGGAACUACUACAGCUUCUUCAAACAAGGGAUAG